AUGGCUGGCACUAAACCCGCUUCCACUGCCCAGAAGGCUCCCGCCUCCACCGGUGGCAAGGCUCCUGUCAAGGCUUCAGAGCCAUCUUCUGCCAAGAAGACUGCCUCCAAGUCUGCGAAACCUACUUCCACUGCUGGUGAUUCGGAGAAGAAGAAGCGCAAGAAGAGCCGCAAGGAGACUUACUCUUCUUACAUCUACAAGGUACUCAAGCAAGUUCACCCUGACACCGGUAUUUCCAACAAAGCUAUGGCCAUCCUGAACUCCUUUGUCAACGAUAUUUUCGAGCGUAUUGCUACCGAGGCCUCCAAAUUGGCCUCGUACUCCAAGAAGAGUACCAUCUCUUCUCGCGAAAUCCAGACAUCAGUUCGCCUUAUUCUCCCCGGAGAAUUGUCUAAGCAUGCCAUCUCCGAAGGCACUAAGUCGGUGACCAAGUUCUCGGCUGGUGCUGGCAAGUAA